ACGACUAAGGCCUAUAAAGAAGCUAUGGCAGGUGCUAAGGCGGGGGUAAAAAGAAGAAGAGAAGUCUUAUUGGAGAACAUUAUUACGAAGAGUUCUCUACAGAAUUUUGGAAAGAAUCCGAUAAAAGAUAUACCCCUAAAAUGCUUAUUGUUUCUAGGAACACAACGUCCCAAUGUAGCUAAUGUAGGAACAACAUCAUCUAACACGCCGAGUAGAAGACAACCAUCAAGAAUUCCUCGAGCAAUUCCUUCUCCUAAUAGAUCGCGAACUUGGUGUCGAAGGUGCAGUAUACUAGGUCGAAAACAUGAUGAAAAACCUAUCCCGGUACAAAGACAUGAUCAUGUUACACAUCAACCUAUUGAUAUAGCAAAUAAUUUCUUGAAAAUACCUGAACAUCCUCGAGGACUAGAACUUGACAUCUAUUAUCCACAGUAUGGAUUUGCUAUAGAAGUACAAGGUAAACAGCAUGAGCAACAUAUAAAGUAUUUUCACAAAGAUCCAGAAGAAUUUCAAAAGCAGUUGAUGCGUGAUCAGAUCAAAAAAGAACUUUGUGAAGAAAAUUACAUUGCUCUAAGAUAUGUUUGGUAUUACGAGGAUCCAUACUGA